CCCUUUGUCCAAUUUUGCUAGCCUUACCGGCGGUCGGAUACAACUGAAUAGCCGACCCUUCUCUGUCAAUGGCUACGUUUACACGUGUUCCAUUGGUCUUUUCCACCAGCACGCUUCCACCAGCUACUGCUUCAUCGAAGCCUUUAAAUCGUCACUGUCAUAAAUGCAAUUGCGUGGCAUCGGCAUCACCUUUAACAAGAAAAGUUCCAGAGUGUUCUUCUCUCUCUUUUCUUAACACCCGCUCUUCUUUUUCAUCCCAAAUUCCUUCUCUCUCAGCGAGACAAAACAAGGGUUUCAGGAGAACAGCAGCGGUUUUAGCUUCCAUGGCUGAUUUGAGCACUGUGCUUGUCACUGGAGCCGGUGGCAGAACAGGUCAGAUAGUUUACAAGAAACUGAAAGAGGGGUCUGACCAGUUUGUGGCAAGAGGAUUGGUUAGAACUCCAGAAAGCAAGGAGACAAUCGGUGGAGCAGAUGAUGUCUUUGUUGGCGAUAUAAGGGAUUCUGCCACUCUGGUUCCUGCUAUGCAAGGAGUCGAUGCUCUCGUAAUUCUUACAAGUGCUGUUCCGAAAAUGAAACCCGGGUUUGAUCCGACAAAAGGAGAAAGGCCUGAGUUCUAUUUUGAAGAUGGAGCAUACCCUGAGCAAGUUGACUGGAUUGGUCAGAAAAAUCAAAUAGAUGUUGCUAAGGAGGCUGGCGUGAAGCAAAUCGUGUUGGUUGGGUCAAUGGGUGGAACAAACCCUAACCAUCCCUUGAACAGCUUGGGCAAUGGGAACAUUUUGGUCUGGAAGAGAAAGGCCGAGCAAUAUUUGGCUGAUUCCGGUGUUCCAUACACAAUUAUCAGGGCUGGAGGGCUGCAAGAUAGAGAAGGUGGUAUCAGAGAACUACUAGUCGGGAAGGAUGAUGAACUUCUUCAGACUGAAACGAAAACAAUUGCCAGGCCUGAUGUUGCUGAAGUUUGCAUUCAGGCACUGAAAUUCGAGGAUGCAAAAUUUAAGGCGUUUGAUUUAGCCUCAAAACCUGAGGGAGUCGGCACCCCAACCAAGGACUUCAAGGCUCUUUUUUCCCAGAUAACUACUCGUUUCUAAUUCUCGAGGGCCAUGAGGUUUUCUCUACAAGAUAUGUUAUGCUUUUCAAGAACAUUUUCAAUCUAAAUAAUCAUCAGUAUCUGGAACUUCUAAAACCAUGCCUUGAUCAGCAGAAAGGACUACAAACAACUCUCAGCUGUCUACUAAGGUACCCUUUGCAAAACUUAGCUGAACUGUUAAGAUUUAAGAUAACGGUGCAAUGAAAUUCUUUUUGUACGACAUCGCUAUGGAACUCGGUAUUUCAGUAAUAUUUGAACUCAGGAAUGUAUCCUCCUUUCGUAUAUGGAACACUAUAGUGAUUGCCC